CAUGCCAGUACAUCUGCAGUGUCCAAAAUAUGUUACUAGUAUUAUAGCUGGUCAACCGAAAGCAAGGACCUCAGGAAAUCGCCAUGGUGUUAUAUUUUCGACUGGUGUUGCCCAUAGUGGUUUUGUUUUGCCUGACUUGCAGCGAAGCACAUAAAGCUUCUUAUCCACGGAGGAAAGUAUUGAAGUCAUAUGCACCAUCCAAGAUAAGAAUCCAAGCUUACCAUCCAAAAGGAAGCAUUGGUUACCAAUUAGCUCCUAAACGUGCAUCCGGGUAUAGUCAGAAAACAAGGAAUUAUGGGAAAAUACUGGAUACUCCCUAUGCGCCAAGGGUUCUGGUGAAACAUGGCAGUCACACGCGUAAUGGAUACGGACUUCAAAGGAAUAAAUAUUUGUCGAAGAAAGUUCCAAGUUAUGCUGCAUUUAAUAAGGGUUUAAAAGGAAAGACAUAUGUCUAUAUUCCUAAAGGUAAAUUUGCAUAUGCUGGGCUAAUGAAACAAUAUAUACCCUCUAAAGGAUCGAAGAAGUUUGGUCUUGGAAAGAAAUCUAAAUCAUUGAAAUCAUUUAAUGAGUUCGAUAUUGGAAGGAAAUCUAAGUCGUUUGGAGGAUCUUUAGAGUUCCGGGGUAAGGGAGAUAGGGUAGGAGUCCAUAACAUUGGCCUUGGUGCUGACAUAAGCUCAUUUGGAAUUGAUCGCAGAGGAGGUAUUGAUAAUAUAGGUAUCGGCAGGGGAGGUCGUCAAUUAACAGGAGAUUCAAAUUCGCUGCAUGGACCAGUCGGAAAUAUUGGACGUUUUGGACCAGUCGGAAUUGUUGGAAGUUUUGGACCAAAAGAAUCAGCUGUAGCAUUUGGAGGGGGUAUUGGAAGCAGAUUUAGUGGAGGUGGAGGUGAAAAUUUCUUCAUAACAGAUAACAGAUAUGAAGUAACCAAGUGAUCUAUACUACUGAUAAGAUGGAUAUACAGAGUUCCUAGAUAACUUAUUAAGCAUGUAUAUACCAGAUAUUGUAAGGGUAAUUCUAUUUUCUGAUGGAAAAUAAUUUGGACUUCUUGUGUUACUUCGAUGUAUAACGUAGUUAAAAGAACAAUUCACACACGUUAUAUGACAGAAAAGACAAAGAGACAGAAACCUAACCACACAAAAAAGACUUCUCAAAAUAAAGUGUUAAACAAUA